AUGCGAGCAGCUGCGUUCAACGACGUCUCGACAAAUCCUCAGUACCAGGCGCUGAAGCGCAGCCAGUCUCUCUCCUUCGGUUGGCAGCUCUCAGGAGCAGCACUCAAUAGCAACGAGGUCGAUGGAUUGUGCAACACCCUCAGCGAUGGGAAGUGCGACAAAUGGGUCGAGAUGGGUCUUGACCUCGCAAGCCUCCAAGGUACGUACCAAUUCAUGGCUAGCAGUGACCCUAUACUUCGUAUUUGUUGACAUGUGACAGGACCAAUCUGCAACUCCACCCACACUCACCUCAACGCCACCGAUGCUUUCCCCAAGGUCGCCGACGCGAACAGUCAAGCCUUCAGCGUCGCCCUCAUGAAUGCCUUCCCAGCGAACAACAAGGCGGUGCGGUCCUACCUCUGCGACAAUCUCCGCUACAAAGCCCUCGACAACUUCUUCCUCAACGCCAAUGUCAUAAUCGACGCCACUUGCACCGCUUCCAACACCGCCAUCCACCCUGAGCCCUUCUCUGCCGUCGGCCCGCCGCCCACACAAGCAGCCAUCGACGCCUACCAAAACGCCCGCAGCGUUCUCUAUGCCUGGGAAUACGCCAGCCAAGCGGAAAGCUCCAGUCAACUGAACCAAUACUGCGCCCACGCACCCGACUACCAAUCCAACUGGCAAGCUCUCCAACUCAACGCCACACAGGUCCAAGAGACUCUCUGUUCUUUCCAGCAGCCCAUCUCCGCAGAAGAAGGCAGUGCCGCGAUGAGACAAUGGACCAGUGUGGCUUUCAUCGUUGCUCUGGAAAACAUCAGCAACGUCAACAUGUGGCUCGGAUGGCUCUGUAGCCAACUCGACAGCGAGGGCAUGGAUUCCGUCGGGCUGGAUGGUUCUCUGGUCAAGCAGAGUGUUUGCAACGAUUCCGCUAGGAACUAG